GAAGAUUCAGACGGUCUCCUCUCGUGAGAAUCGGGACGUGCCCGAGGACCGGCUUGGUGCGGGUGGGAGCGCGCUCCGGCGCGAGAGGCCAGUGGUCGCUGCGGGCGCACGCCCUGCCCCUCCCCCUCUCCGGCACGCAGGUUCCGGAUUAAGCCUCCGUCUGACCAGCGGCGGCCGGGCGGAUGGAGGCUGGGCCGCCGAGGUACGAGGGGAGGAGCCGGAGCUGCCGCCGCGGCUGCUGCUGCUGCUGUAGAUGAGCAUGUCUGCAACUCGAGCCAAGAAAGUGAAGAUGGCCACCAAAUCGUGCCCCGAGUGCGACCAACAGGUUCCUGUUGCAUGUAAAUCGUGUCCUUGUGGUUAUAUAUUUAUUAGCAGAAAACUUUUAAAUGCAAAACACCCAGAGAAAUCACCACCUUCUACAGAAAACAAGCAUGAGGCCAAGAGGAGGCGAACAGAGAGAGUUAGGCGAGAGAAGAUAAAUUCUACAGUAAAUAAGGAUUUAGAAAACAGAAAGAGGUCUCGAAGUAACAGCCAUUCAGAUCAUAUCAGACGAGGAAGAGGAAGACCUAAAACUGCAUCUGCCAAAAAACAUGAGGAAGAAAGAGAGAAACAGGAAAAGGAAAUUGACAUCUAUGCUAACCUCUCUGAUGAAAAGGCUUUCGUGUUUUCAGUCGCCUUGGCAGAAAUAAAUAGAAAAAUUAUCAAUCAAAGACUUAUUCUCUGAUAUUUGUCUGCAAAAUAUGUUGAUACUGUCUUCAGGAUUACAUCAGCAAAUUCUCAAACAGUUGUGGACUCUCAGGAGCAUUCUGACUGCAUCAAUAAGGGCCAUUGUUUUUUUUUCCCUGUCAUUUAGCCUGUGCCACACUUUGGGAGCAAAGCUGUAGGCUUGGACUGUUCUGGGAUUUCCUUGUUUACCAAGGAGUAUUGUCAGUGUUUUGUGUUUGGGAUGUAAGUAAGUAUAUUUACCAAAAACAAAAAAAUAAACAAAAAACAAUGGAUGGCUGUUAAAGGAUAAAGGAAUAGAGAUGGGAGUGAAAGAAUGAAAACUAGGGAAAUAAAAUGCUUGAUAGUUUUCAGGUUUGCCACCAGAGAUGCAAUAUUUUAAGUACUUUGAGAAAGAGUGACUUUUAAAAAUAUUAUAUUUCAGAUUUUCAGCAUUAACAGAUUGCAUAUAUACAGUUCAUUUACUUUUAAUAAAUUGGCAAUUGAUAUUUUAUUGAAUGGGGAAUUAAGAAUAUAAACUGUACAUUUUGUCUUAAAUUGAUUUUUUCUUGGCCUUUAUUUUUAUGACUUAAGGUAUGAGUUAUAUUUUGGGAGAUACUUUCUAAACAUUUGGGAAGUUUGGGUGCUAUAUGAAGAAAAACAUUUAAGGAUAUAUCAUACUUCAGAUAUAGACAUCUUGUUUUCUUGAAUGUAAUUUAUUUAUUGGUUAAAAAUACCUUUUCUGCUCUCAAGAUGGUGCCUGUUAACCUAAACAUAAAAUAUAUUUAUUACAUACAAAAUAUUUCUUAGGUAGCCUCUUUUAAGCAGUAAUGUUUUAUCUGAAUGGAUGUUCAUUUAUACAUACAGAUAAUUAUUUAAAUUGUUACUUAAUCUCACUCUGGAAAAAAAAUAAACCUUAAUAUUGAAACUAAUAGAUUAAUAGUGUGGUAUAAGUUUUUGUUCUGUGAAGUUUGUGAAAUACACUUAAAUUCUUAAUUUUUCUAGUAGUAAGUGAUAACUGUUUAUAGUUGAUUUAUACUAAAUGCUUUUGCAUUUUUGUUUUUCAAUUUAAUAUUAAUAUUCAAACUUGACAGUAAUUUCCCUUAUUUCAGGUACCCCCCACCCUCACCCCAGUGGCUGAAUCUGUUUGGAAGUCCAGAAGUCUUAUUAGGGAAGGUACUCAUCAGUUAGAUUUAGCCUUAAGAGAAUUUCCCUUUGAGUUUCAGUAGUUGCAUUGUCAGCUUCAUCCUGCCUCUCUCAUCACCUCUCAAAAGAAAAAGAUUCACAUGUUGUCCUACUUUAUCUAAAUUGUAGCCAGCACAGGGAGCUUAAGAGGUACUCUAGGCAGGAAGUAGAAUUUUUUUCCCCCACAAUCCUUGUAUUUACCUAUAGGUACUACUACAGUUAUCUUGUAUGCAUUUUAAAGCCCUAAUAAUAAAGUUUUUUCCCAAGAAUGCUAAUGUGAUUUUUAUCUUUGAAAUAUAAGAAAACUAUUUUCAUUUUGACAAGAAAAUAUAAAAAUAAUAUCUAAAAAUGCUUUUGAGUAUGUCCUCAGAAAAAGGAAGGCUUAUGGAGUAGGCAUCUCUAUAAAGAACUAUUGAUGUCAGAGUCUAUCCAUUUAAAGCUGAAGACCCUUAGAGGAAAGUCAUGUUAGAAUAGUCAUGGAUACAAUAGGGAAGGAGACUGGUGACAAGGCUGGAACUUACCAUGUAAAGAAGUAAUUUAUUUCAGAUGCUCAUGAUGUUAAAUCAUUGGCUUAUUUAAAAAGUUCUUUGGUAGAGGGGCAAAUUAGGCUUUCCCCUAUUUGUGAUGUAACCUAUUCAGGAAAUUUCUCUAAAAAUUGUGUUCUCUGAUAUUUUUAUAAGCUGUCUCAUAAAGCUGAAUUUGUCUAAGAAUGUUGUAAUGGUCUUGGAACAUACUACUUGUCAUUCACUGGUGUUGAAGAAACUGAUAAGAAAGAGGUUUCAUAAGAAACCUCUUAGAUGUCCUAAGAGCAUAAUUAUAAUAAUUUAAUUACAUAAUCCAAAGUUUGUUGUGCUUUAAUACCUAUAAAUGAUAUGAUUAUUCAGAAUGCCUUAAAAUGAUUCUAUAAUUAGAUUAGGCCUGUUGAAGGUAUGUUCAUUCUUAAAUGUGAACAAGAUUAAAUAAAAGGUAUUUGGGA